UCCUUCAAUAUGUCCAAUAACAAAAUGGAAGUGGAUGAAACCGAUGCCGAGGAAUUUCAAGACAUCGAAGAGUUCUCCGAUGAGGUGCCGUCCUGCAGCAACACGCAGCCACAAGCAAAGCGUUUCGUCGUAAAAAACUGGCAGGCGCAGGCGCUCUGGUCCUGGGACGUAGCCGUCGACAAUUGCGCCAUUUGCCGCAAUCAAAUUAUGGAUCUUUGCAUUGAUUGCCAGGGAAAUCCGCUUUGCUCCAACACCAAGGAGGAAUGUACAGUAGCUUGGGGCGCUUGUAAUCAUGCUUUUCACUUCCAUUGCAUUUCACGUUGGCUCAAAACGCGCCAGGUGUGCCCAUUGGACAACAAGGAAUGGGAUUAUCAGAAAUAUGGCCGUUAGCAAUCGCCGUCUGCUACCAAAUCGAAACUACCAGCAACGCAACAUUAUUUGUCCCAUUUGCUAGUUUGUAACACUUCUCGCCAAAUGUUUAUUUUUUAAGCAUAUUUACCAUAUUUUGUGAAUAUCAAAAUCGAAAAUCAA